AUGAAACUGAAUACCACAUCAGUUUUGAUUUUUCUAUUGUCAAUUUUUAUUUUCUCUUUAAUUUUGAUACGUAGCAAGUAUCAAGUAAUCAAAGUGAUCACAGUGAGUUAAAAAUUAACCAAUUUAAAUAAUUUAUCAAUAAAAAUUAGGAUGUAAAAAUCAAUGAAGAUGUUGAAAUCUAUGCAAGAUUGAAUAAAAUCAAAAUGCGGCAAAUUGCUUUGAAUAAAUCUGAAAAUUCAAGAAAUGAACUCAAAAAAUUAUCAUUGACAAAUGAUAGUUUGGAAUUUUAUCGGAAAAUUGAGAUCGAAGCUUUUUGUCCGAAUAUUGUUCGAAUUGGAGAAAUUGGCGAUGGUGGAAAAUUUGUUUGUAAUCCGAAAAAAGUUAGAGAGAAUUGUGUGUGAGUUUGGAUUACAGUUUUGGAUUGUAUUAUCAUAUUUCCUCCAGUUUACUAUCACUUGGCCUUCAUAACGAAAUCGAAUACGACAUCAUGAUCCAAAACAUCACCGAAAAUCGCUGUCAAAUAGUCGGAGCAGAUCAAGAUCGUCAAAACGACGACACCCUUGAGAUCUACAAAAAUAUACGUGGCACUGUUUUUGUCGGAAAAAUUCCAAAAACUCUGAGCAUCGCUGGAAUGGUUCAAAGAGUUGGAGGAACUGAAGUCGAAUUAUUGAAAAUCGAUAUUGAGGGAGGAGAGCAUAAAGCACUCGAGCCAUUUUUGAAAAACUUUUUCGUCUGUCAAAUAUUUAUUGAAGUUCACGGAGAACCAAAACAUCAUUUGAACUUAAUGCAAAAAGUUGCGAAAUUGGGAUUUCGAAUUUUUUCGUACGAGCCAAAUCCAUCUUGCUCAAAAUGCUGUGAAUAUAGUUAUAUCAAUGAAAUGUGUAUGGAUCAAUACAAUGUUUUGCCGUUAGCUGUAAAUGUACCUUUUGAAUGA